AUGAGACACACGACUCUUCACGGGAAGCAACUUUUAUUAACAUGGGUAUUUGGAAUUUGUGGAUUAUUCAUUCUCAUAAUAGCUCAAAUUUGGUCGUUUAUAGCUCAUGUCAAUACAGUGAACACAUCUCAAUCACAUCAUUUAAUCAUUAUGACAGAGUACAUUGUUGAUCAAGAAAAGUACUUCUAUUGGAUUCUGUUUCAUAUGUACACAGUACUAUGUAUUGGACCGAUUAUAAUGAUGGGAACAGGUACAAUGCUCAUUAUAUAUAUUGAGCAUAUUUGUGGAAUAUUUAAAAUUGCUAGCUAUCGUAUUAAGCAUGCAGUAAACAAUAAUAUUCCACGAAAUAUUGCAACAAAAAAUAAAAUUUUGAUGAUCGAAGGUAUAAUUUGUGCCGUAGACAUUCAUCGUCAAGCUAUGAAAAUGAUGAAUCAUUUCAUGACCACAUUCAAAAUAAUGAUAUCGUGUUUCACGGGAUGUGUAGUAGUUUGUUUUACUUGCAAUUUAUAUCAAAUAGCAUCAUCUGAAAACAAUAGAACAAACGUCAGCGAGUUUUUAUUUUCUUUUGUGUUUGCGUCAGUAUGCAUCAUAUACAUGUUUCUAGCCAACUAUUUCGGACAGAAGAUAAUUGACCACAAUAAUCACGUAUUUGUUACUGCGUACAACGGUCAGUGGUAUAAAACCCCAUUACAUAUACAAAGAAUGAUACUAUUUUUACUGCAAAGAGGAGCCAAGGAAUUUUCAUUAAAUAUCGGUGGAGUAUUUGAUGCAUCCAUACAGGGUUUUGCAACGCUAAUAAAAGCGUCCAUAUCUUAUUUUACAGUCAUGCAUUCUACACAAUGA